AUGUCAUUGGUUACCAAGUUAUUGAUAUUUAUUUUAUUUGUUACCACAUCUUCUUCAUUAGCAGAUGUAUCAUUUAUUUUAAAAUCUGAAUUUUCAAAUAGUACAACGCAACAAUCAAAUAUAGUUAAAAGAUCAAAACAUCAAGAACAACCAAUGUUUUUAGUUGAGGAUACCAGUGAUGUCUAUAAAUCACCAGGAUAUUAUCCAAGUCCGCUUGGAGGUAGAAUUGAUAAUUGUUGGCAAAAAGCUUACGAAAAAGCUAGAAAAAUUCUUGAAAAAAUGUCUAUUCCAGAAAAAGUUAAUUUAACAACAGGUACAGGUUGGGGAUCUGGUCCAUGUGUUGGAAAUACUGGUUCAGUUCCAAGAUUAGGAAUUCCAAAUUUAUGUUUUCAAGAUGGUCCAAAUGGAGUUAGAUUUACUGAUUUUGUUACUCAUUUUCCUUCAGGUUUAGCAACUGCUGCUACUUUUAAUAAAGGAUUAGCAUUUUUAAGAGGUAAAGCUCUUGGUAGAGAACAUCGGAAAAAGGGAGUUCAUGUAGUAUUAGGUCCAGUUAUAGGUCCAAUUGGUUUAAAAGCUCAAGGUGGUAGAAAUUGGGAAAGUUUUGGUUCAGAUCCUUAUUUACAAGGAGUAUUUGGAGCAGCAACAGUUGAAGGUAUUCAAGAUGAAGGAGUUAUUGCAUCUUGUAGACAUUUGAUUGGAAAUGAACAAGAACAUUUUCGUCAAGUUGGUGAAUGGGAUGAUUUAAAUUCUAAAAAUGAUUGGGAUAAAUUAGAAACUUCAAUAAGUUCAAAUAUUGGUGAUAGAGCAAUGCAUGAAAUUUAUUUAUGGCCAUUUGCAAAUGUUAUUAAAUCAGGUUGUGGUAGUAUUAUGUGUUCAUAUAAUCAAGUAAAUAAUACUUAUGCUUGUGAAAAUUCUUAUUUAAUAAAUUAUUUAUUGAAAGAAGAAUUAGCAUUUCAAGGUUUUGUUGUAAGUGAUUGGGGAGCUCAACAUUCAGGUGUAACAUCUGCUUUAUCAGGUUUAGAUAUGACAAUGCCAGGAGAAGUAUUUGAUGAUUGGUUAACAGGUAAAUCAUUUUGGGGUCCUUUAUUAACUAGAGCUGUUUAUAAUGGUACAAUUUCACAACAAAGAUUAAAUGAUAUGUGUCUUAGAAUUUUAGUUCCAUUUUUUGCAAUAGAUACUGUCAAUUUACCUCAAGAAGAUGAUGUACCAAAUUUUAGUUCAUGGACUCAUCAUACUUAUGGUCAACAAUUUCCUUAUCAACAUUUUGGACCAAUUGUACAAAAGAAUUGGCAUGUUGAUGCAAGAUCAGAAUUUAGUGAUAAUACAGCAUUAACUGUUGCAAGAGAAUCAAUUAUUUUAUUGAAAAAUUCACAUCAUCAUUUACCUAUUGAUAAAAGUGAUGGAGUUAGAAGAAUUUUUAUUGCAGGUCAAGGAGCUGGAUAUGAUCAACAUGGAAUUAAUUGUAAAGAUCAAAGAUGUACAGAAGGGUGUAUGACUAGUGGUUGGGGUUCAGCAGCUGUAAAUAAUCCUUAUGUUAUAACACCAGUAGAAGCUAUAUCUAAAAAAUGUAGAGAAAGAGGAAUUGUAGUUGAUCAUUCAUCAAAUAAUUGGGAUUUAGAUACUAUGGGAGAUUUAGCAGAUUAUGCAGAUUUAUCAAUUGUUUUUGUUAAUAGUUUUUCUGGUGAAGGUUAUAUAAAUGUUGAAGAUAAUUUUGGUGAUAAAAAAAAUCUUUCAUUAUGGCAUAAUGGUGAUGAAUUAAUUAAUAAAAUAGCAGAUAGAUGUCAUAAAACGGUAGUUGUGGUUACUUCAACUGGUCCUAUCAAUUUAGAAAGAUUUAUUGAACAUGAAAAUGUUGUUGCAGUAUUAUUUACAGCUCCAUUGGGACAAUUUUCAGGUCAAGCAAUAGCAGAUGUAUUAUUUGGUGAUACAAAUCCAAGUGGUAAAUUACCUUUUACUAUUGCUAGAAAAAAGCAACAUUAUGUACCAGUUAUUGAUGAUUUAGGAGGUGAAGUUGAACCACAAGAUAAUUUUGAUCGUGAUAUUUAUUUGGAUUAUAGAUUUUUUGAUAAACAUAAUAUAAAACCAAGAUAUGAAUUUGGAUUUGGAUUAUCAUAUACAACUUUUAAAAUUUCAAAUUUAAAAAUUACUGAAAUUAAUCCACCAAGUGAAUAUCUCCCUUAUCCACAAGAAUAUUCACCAAUUGUUAAAAUGGUUGAAGAUGAUGUUUGUGAUCCAGAAGAUGCUAUUUUCCCACAUGAUGAAUUUUCACCAGUUCCAGGUUAUAUUUAUCCAUAUUUAUAUAAUGAAAAUAUUCAUUCAUUAGAUCAAGAUGAAUCAUAUGAUUAUCCAAAAAAUUAUACUCCAGAUCAACCAAAUUCACCUUCAUUAAAUUCAGGAGAUAUGGGUGGGCAUCCACAAUUAUGGGAAGUUUUGUAUGAAGUAUCAGCAGAAGUUAAAAAUACAGGAGAUAUUAGAGGUAAUGCAGUUUUACAAUUAUAUUUAGAAUUACCAAGUACAAUUGUUGCAUCACCACCAAAAAUUUUAAGAGGUUUUGAAAAAACAUUUUUAGAACCUGGUAAAUCAUCAAAAAUAUUUUUUCAAAUUUUAAGAAGAGAUAUAAGUAUUUGGGAUUGUGAUUCACAACAAUGGAUUAUUCAAACUGGUAGUUAUAAAGUUUAUAUUGGAAGUUCAAGUCGUAAAAUUGAAUUAACUGGAGAAAUUCAAAUAGGUUGCUAA